AUGUUGCACUUCGCAAAUUUCAUUGUCGGUAUCAUCUUGGCCACUAUUCUUAUUCUAUCUUCUAUAGCGGAUGCUUGUAUCGCUCAUGGCGGAGCGAGUCUGCGAAGGAGAACGGAGAAUCUUGAAAUCGCUCGCAUUCAAGAGCGUCAAAUUCCGGCAUCUCCUAGAACAAUUGUGGCUUUGACCAACGUUCACGUCUUUGACGGCACCAGAAUCACCGCGCCUAGCACAGUCAUCAUUGAUGGCGAGUAUAUCAAAUCUAUAGUCCCAUUACAGCAGGUGCCGGUCUUUGGCGCAGAAAUUAUUGAUGGAAAUGGGGGCUAUCUAUUACCAGGACUCAUUGACAACCAUUGCCAUCCCGGAAGCCUGGAUGAUCUGACCAACUUGAUCAGCUAUGGGGUGACAACUGCAAUUGGAAUGGCAUGCUUAAGCUAUGAUCUGUGCAAUGCCUUGAAGGACCAAACCGGACUGACGUCCUUUAUCACCACCGGCCUUGCAGCAAUCGCCCCAAACAGUCCGCAUGCGAUGCUGUUUGAUACUCCUAUCGAGGAUACAAUUUCAUCACCAGCGCAGGCUCCUCAAUUUGUUGCUAAUGUAUUUGGAAAUCAUUCCGCCUUUCUUAAAAUGGUUGCCGAAGAAGGCGGACCAAGUCAGGAAACCCUCAAUGCUUUGGUGCAAAGCACCCACAACGCUGGCCAUGUCUCUACUACUCAUGCAACUACGAUCUCAGCAUACAAUCAGGCUAUCAACUCUUUAACUGAUAGUAUUCAACAUACCCCCCAAGAUGCGGUGAUUACAGCAGACAUGGCUCGAAAGAUUCUCCGAAAUAAGCAAUUUGUCACUCCCACCCUCAAUGUUGUGCAAUAUAUUCUUCGUUUGCCAGGAGCCCCUGCGAGCUAUAGCUUUGCAAAUGCUGCACAAAGCGCCAGUAUCUUGUAUAACUCCGGUGUACCGAUUUUGGUUGGAACAGAUUCCUUUGUUGACCCCGAUAAUGUAUUGCUCAGAGUUCCCUUUGGAAGCUCACUUCAUGCUGAGCUUGAGUACUUGGUCCAGGCAGGUCUGAAGCCGGUUGAUGUUUUGCGCGGUGCAACUUUACUUAGUGCUGAAUUGCACUCACUUCCUGAUCGGGGUUACAUAAGGGCAGGGUUUCGGGCAGACUUAUUGCUUAUUGGGGGAAAUCCUUUGACAAAUAUAUCCAGUACAAGGGACAUCAAGAGGGUUUGGGUUGGUGGACUUGAGUACCAGGGUGCAAUUGGCCAAGGAAAGCCAAACUGA